GCACUCAUGCAGAUUUAGGGUGAAGAAUUUUUUUGACUAAAUCUCAACUGGGGCUUUCUUGCUUUCUUUCUUUCUUUCUUUCUUUCUUUACAAGGCAUCCAAUCCGUAUGUUCUCAUUUCCUUCAAGCUUUCUCUAUUAGUCUAAAACCCCAAUGGAUUUUAGCUGAUCUUCCUCCAUUCAUCUACUGUCUCGAGCUCCAACCUUUCUAUUCUGAACUGUAAUGUAUUCGUAAUCUCGUUUGUUGUGCUGAAUUACUGGGAUAUUUUUUCACUCUUUCAGCACCUUAUUUUAGAUUUAGGUUAAUAAAUAAUAAUUUGAUUCUCUAUUUCUUCAUUACUUUCUAUUUGCAACCAUUUUGCAGAUUGUGUGGAAUUCCAUAUAGCAUGUCAAGAAUUAUUCUUUCCUUCGCUUGUUUGUUUCGAGUUGAUUGACCUUGUAGUCGAAAGACAAUACUUGGCAUAUUAUAUGCAAGCUUAACACGCAAUUGCAAUGGCUGCAAUUAAGUUUUCGAGAUUGACAAGAUCACUCAACCCAACUUUACAUGUCAGAUCCUCAAUUGGUUGUCUAAGUCGUAAUUACCAUGUUGCCCAGUCACAUUCUACUCAGGAUCAUUUGGAUUCUAAUAGGCAAUGCAUUCGUGGCUCAUAUUUAAGCAGACCAUUACUGAACAGUUACCCUUUGAGAAGUGUAUCCUUAGUUGGAAUUAACCCUAUCUGGAGUGUUCGGUUGUAUUCAUCAUCUGUGGGCAGUCAAGGGACUCCUCCUGUUGGCUCAGGUUCUGCCAUUUCUGGAGCCAGUAUGGGUUCAGGUGGAUCUGACGGCAGUGAGUGGAUUUUGAAGGCAAAGGAAGCUUUCCAAAGUCUAGGAAAUGCCAUGAGUUAUACAGGAGAAAAGGCGAGGGAGGCUUCUACUGACUUAACCCCUUACAUUCAGCAAAUUGUUGAUGCAAAUCCUUACCUGAGAGAUGUUAUUGCUCCUGUUAGUGGCACUUUGGUGUGUACUUUACUGGCUUGGUUGGUAAUGCCGAGGUUUCUGAGGAGAUUUCAUAACAUCUCAACAGAGGGACCUGCUACGUUGUUCUCUGAGACCUCACUAUUGAAACCUGUACCUUAUGAAAAAAGCAUAUGGAGUGCUUUGGAGGAUCCCAUUCGCUAUCUGAUCACUUUUAUGGCAUUUACCCAAAUUGCAGCUAUGGUGGCACCAACCAGCGUUGCAUCACAAUACAUUCUACCCGCUUGGAAGAGUGCCACAAUUCUUUCGUCAGUUUGGUUUCUACAGAGAUGGAAAACAAAUGUGAUCAGUAGAUCCUUAGCUUUGAAGAGCUUUGAAGCAGGUGAUAGAGACAGGUUGUUGACACUGGAGAAAGUGUCUUCUGUUGGUUUAUUUGCCAUUGGAUUGAUGGGUUUAGCUGAGGCAUGUGGGGUACCAGUGCAAUCUAUUCUGACUGUGGGUGGUGUAGGAGGAGUGGCUACUGCUUUUGCUGCUCGAGAUGUCAUUGGAAAUGUUCUAAGUGGACUUUCAUUACAGUUUUCACGACCCUUUUCUAUUGGAGAUACAAUAAAAGCUGGAUCUGUGGAAGGUCAAGUUGUAGAGAUGGGGCUGACAGCAACAUCCUUGUUGACCGCCGAGAAGUUCCCAGUUAUUGUUCCAAAUUCCUUGUUUACUAGCCAGGUAAUUGUGAAUAAAUCACGGGCUCAAUGGCGGGCCUUGGUGAGGACAGUUCCUAUGCAAAUGGAUGACUUUGAGAAGAUCCCACAAAUAUCAGAAGACAUCAAGAACAUGCUGAAGUCAUAUCCCAAUGUCUUCUUGGAAAAGGAGGCACCCUAUUGUUUCUUGUCCAAACUGGAAAGGACAUAUGCAGAACUGACUCUAGGCUGCAAUCUUAAACAAAUGAGCAAAGAGAAAAUGUUUGCAACAGAGCAGGAAGUUCUUCUGCAAGCCGCCCGUAUCAUCAAGCAACACGGAGCUACUCUUGCUAAUCCUUCACUCGACUUAUAGAGAAAAUUUACUUCAUACUUGAGGUCUGUUUUUCACAUGUAUGACAUUAUGUUUUGAUACAAAUUAAGUUACAAGCCAAGCACAGGGUGUGGCCUAGGAACCUCAUUAGAUGAAAGUUGGUGAUUAGCAAGUUGUUAUUAGCAUCAGCAUCAGUCGCGCUGACCGUCUGUAACUUAUAUGCAUAGCGAAAUGCACAAUAGUUCUUCUAUUUUAUUUUAUACUUUGACAAGGAUGAGUGUCGAACUCGGAGCGAAGUGAUGGCGCAUUGGAGUUAGGAUCAACAUCCCCCACCCCACCCAAGAGCACCAUGGAUGUGGCAUCCUGAGAUUUGUAGGGCAUCACUAAACCUAUUUUGGGUAUGUAAUGUACUCCGUAAUCAUCUAAUGGGGCCAUAAACAUAGAUUUCCUGAGUAUUAAUAAUAACAACUUAAU